AUGGGAACCCUAGAAGAAGAAGAGGGAUCGACGAUCAAAGAUGAUCAAUUGGCCAAGAAGGCAAAGGUUUCACUUCCGGUUGAAAUCAUCGCAGACAUCCUCUCUAGACUUCCCGUCAAAUCCAUACUCCGAUUCAGAUCUCUCUCCAAACCAUGGCUCUCACACAUAUCCCAUCCAUCAUUCACCAAACUCCACUUCACUUGCGCUUCCGCUGCUCACCGCACCCCCUUAUUCAUUUCCACUUACGAUUAUUCCACGUACAAACGGCACUUUCUCUCAGCCGCUCAUGACAGUGGAUCGGUCACUCAUCUCAUGACACUGGACAACGCAUGCUCCAAUGACAUCACAAAUGCCCAACAUUUAAACGGGUUAGUAUGUUUUACUUGUAAGAAAGCGUUGUUCCGUUACAAUUACGCUCAUAUUUACGUUCUUAACCCUAGCACGCAUAAGGUUUUUAAACUCACUGAUCCCGAUUAUCUGAUGAAUCAAGAUUAUAAAAAUGUGCGUCUGCGUUACUUGUUUGGGUUUGACGAGUCCAGGAACGAGCAUAAGAUUUUGAUCAUGAAGAAUUCACUUUUUAAACCUACUACAAUGGAGAUUAUGAUUUUUUCUUUGUCAAGUUAUUCAUGGAGAAAGAUUCAUUUGGAGCUUCCUGAUGGUUUUAGUUGGGAUAAUUUAAAAAACCAUGACAUGAUCAAAGAUAGCGUUUGUGUCAAUAGUGUAGUACAUUUAGUGCCUUGUGGACCGUAUGACAUACUCGCGUUUGACUUGCGAACUGAGCAGUUUUCAGUGAUUAGAACUCCUCAAGGUGUUGUGCCCCGCAAAUCCUCUACAGUUUACACUAGGAACGGCAAAACUUUAAUUAAAGAUAACCAUCCUGACAUCAUAAGUAUCAGUGGCUUUUUAGGAGUUGUAUGUCAUGAUCGUGUAGUGGAAAGCAAGGGAAUGCGUAUAUGGGUAUUACAAGACUAUGAAAAACGUGUUUGGGUUAGAGAAACCAUUACAUUCCCGGAAUCUUGGAUUGAUUUAUAUUGUCCUUUCCCAUUAGAUGCUGUUAAGAUGGAUGAGAUUAUCUUCUCCUCAAACAAGGUGUUUAGGAAUAAGGUGAUGAGUGUGCUCACCUAUAACAAGAAGAAUAGAUGUUUUAAAUCAUUACAGUUCUCUUUGGGUCAUCAAUUUGUGUGCUCAAAAGCCAUAAAGGUAGAGCAAAUAAGCUUUUAUGUUGAAAGCCUGGUGCCUUUAUAA